AUGCCUGAAUUGGGCUCCAAGAUAAGCCUAAUAUCUAAAGCUGACAUUCGGUACGAGGGCCGACUUUUCACUGUCGAUCCUCAGGAAUGUACCAUCGCUCUGGCUAGCGUGCGAUCGUUUGGUACGGAAGAUCGUGAAACGCAGUACCCAGUAGCGCCGCAAAGCCAGGUGUACGACUACAUCUUGUUCCGUGGCUCUGACAUCAAGGAUAUCCGUGUGCUCAACAAUGUCCCAUCAUUGCCCAAUGAUCCUGCCAUCAUGCAGAUGUCUGUGCCGCCAACGCUUGGGGCGGGCAGCGCGCCGGGCCAGUUUGCUGGGCAAUACACCCAUCCGGUGGUUGGACAAACACCAUACCCUCAGUACCAUCCGAUGGCUGGCUUCCCCGGAGGUGUCCAUCCACAGCUUAACAAGACCAGUGAGUUGUCACCGCAAACUUCUGUGGAGCUGGCACCCCAGCCCCUUCCGACCACGGCUCCAAUUGGCUCAGGAGUGGUUCAUCAUGCCAAUCAAGUGAAAGACCAAGGUUCGAUGCUCGAUCUUAUUGGAGGAGGAUCUCAACAAAGCGCUUCGCGGUCAGGUACUCCUGCCGUCGGCGCGCACCGAAAGAGUCCUACUGCUGACCAGGGUACUCAGAACGUACGGUCGGUGUGUCAGGUGGGCUCGGUGGCCAGCGGGUCGAGCCAGCAGCGCGACAGCCGGCGCGGCAGCAACCCCGGCGCGGCGGCGAAGGGCGCGGCGGGCGCUCACCCCGCGGCGCGCAACCGCACCAACUCGCGCAACCGCACGCGCUACCCCAGCGGCGGCGCGCCCGCGCAGCACCACCCGCACAACCAGCACAACCAGCACCAGCAACACAACCAGCACCAGCAACAACACAACCAACACCAGACCCAGCAUCAGCAACAUCAGCAAAAUGCUGGCCACUCAGGACAUGGCCAGGGACAACAGAACCAACAACCUCACCAUCACCAGCAACAUCAUGGCCAAGACAACUUUUCGUCAGUGUUUCACACAGGCCAGGGAUAUCGUGGAGGAUGGCGAGGCAGGCCCCGUGGUCGAGGCCGCGGAUUUGUUCCCCGCAAUAAGAAUACGCUUAAGUUCGACAAGGAUUAUGAUUUUGAACAAGCAAAUACUGAAUUUGAAGAGCUGCGCAGCCAACUUGCAAAGACUAAGAUUUCUGAGGGAGAUGUCAAAGUUGAGGAGUCUGAAGUAAUUAUUAUCACGCAGGGUGAAGUAGACAAAAAGGACGAUUCUGGUAAUGAGACGGGUGCCGGUGAACCCGAAGUUGAUGAAGACCAAAAUGGUUACACUGGCUAUGACAAGAACAAGAGUUUCUUCGAUAAUAUUUCUUGUGAGGCUGUUGAGAGGUCGAAGGGUCGCAGCCAGCGUACGGAUUGGCGGACGGAGCGCAAGUUGAACUCGGAGACGUUCGGCGUGGCGUCGGCGCGGCGCGGGGCGUGGCGCGGCCGCGGCGGCUGGCGCCACCACAACCCUCACCACAACCCGCAGCACCAGUCCAGCCAAUUCUUCUCGGACGACGGCAGGUGGCGCUCGAUGCGCGGGGGCCCGCGCGGCCGCGGGGCGCCGCGCCCGGCGCGCACGCAGCAGCAGCAGCCCGCCCCCCCCGCCGCGCCCGCGCCCCUGCCCGCGCCGCAGCCCACUGCAGCCAAGUAG